UUAGCCCCUAAACAAAAGAGAAGCUCAAAUGGAUAGUUAUAUUGCACAGCAACAGAACCAGAGUGGUUGAAAGUUAGGCUGCUUCUUCGCCCUUGGUCUCUCUCUUUGAAGCAAGCAACAAUGGCGCUUCCAUCCGCAUUCCAGGAACGGCUCCACCACAUGGACCGCACUCGAUGUGAACGCCUCUCUCUCCUCCAGGCGGAGAAAGAGUUGCAAGCAAACAAGUCUCGCGUUUUGGCCUCCAAGCUCGCCAACAUCAGAGCCACCGAACAGAGAUGCUUCCUUCUCGAUCACAAAAUUGCUUCCCAGAACUUCAACCUUCUCUCUCUCACUUCUCAAAUCCACAACCUCGAAGCCAAAUACGAUUCCCUCUCCCAAAUUUUCAGGUCGAUUCAGAACGAGGUGGAUGAGCUUGAGGAGUUGCGGGAAAAGAGGGAUAGGUUUUACGAAGCUAAGAUGGUGGAAAUGAAGCAAUUUAAGGAGGUUGCUGACGAGUUUGUGGUGAAAUGUCGAAGGGACGUUCAGGGUUUGAGGAAUAGAGUAAAUGAGUUGAGGUCAUCUUUCAUUGAACUGAAAGGUAACAACCAGAAUUCAUGUAAUUCGGAGAUAGUUAUGGCAGAAAAGAGAAGGUUGGAACUGCAGGCUGAAAAGGAGUGUGUUUAUAGAAACUUGGCCUCUAAUCAGCAAAUAAAAGCACAGUUGCAAAAGCAGCUUCAGAAUAUUUUGAUGACACAGACUCAAGAGAAGAGAAAGUGAAUAGACCUAGAAUUUGUUACUACCUAGCUAACUUUGAUCAUCAGCUGCACGUUGGAUCUCCCUGU